UAUUCCAAGGAUCGUUUCAAUGCGAUUGCAUGUCUUAUAACUACCUCUUCAAUGGCUGCAUAUCUAUGCAACAAUAGCGUUUGAACAACGAGAUGCAGCCGUGAUUUUACAUGAUGAAGUGCUCAAAUUGUGGAAACACAACUUUGCCACCUGGAUUCCCCUUCUGCCCACUUUGUGGUUCUCGUCUCGCACCCGAUCAAAUUAACUCACUGAAGGAGAAGGAGAUCAUACCAGCUGUUACGAGCGAGCACCCGAAAGGCGAUGGAACAGAAGGAAAACAUUACACCGGUGAAAGUCUGCAACAGAAUGGGACUGACACAGAAACAAAUCAAAAUGAGUCCUCUCUCAGCCAACAACUGGGACCAAUGCAGGUGCCCAACAACCACAGUGCUAAUUCCCCUGUUCAACAGGAGGAAGCUGCAGCUGAAGAAAGCCCAGGGUUAUCAUCAGAAAGUAAUCAGGAGGAGACUCCAGCUACAACUGAUCCAGAUAACAGGGACUUAGUAAAGGCUGACGAAAAAGGAACAGGAUUUAUGGAAAGAAGUUCUGCAGCAAUUACUAACACACCUGAAAAGGCUGAAACAGGUGAAAGACAAAGAGAGGACAUUGCCUCAGAGCAAAAAGUGGACAAGGAAGUGGACAAGGAAGGCAAGGGACAGGAGGAGGAGGGAAGCCCUACUCGGAAUCAAUCUUCAAUACCUCCAAAACAACAGCAAGUCACGUUAGAUGCUGGAGUUACUGUAGUGUUCCAUGUUCUGGUUUCUUCAGUCUUUGAAAUGACGGACAGACACCUCUCCAUUCGAGCAAGUGGGGUUGAGUUUGGAGAUUUUUCACGUAGCUGUGUAGAUUUGUGUGCAGUGGACAGACCAUGCAAACAGAAAGAAAAGGAUUAUCUUCAACUUUUCCGAGGUCAGCUCACUUUGACCCCUGAUCAAGCUCGCAAGGGUACUAGUUACAAAUAUGUUGUGACCAAUGGAGGAAACCUGUACUGGGAGAACUUGACAGAGUUUUUAUCAAGACAUCGAAGCUAUGCUGUUGUUACGAGAGCACUCAAAAUUCCGAAUGAUCAUAUUCAACCAGGUGUGACAUGGAGUCAGUUUGACGGGGUGGCAUUUUUUCACGACAAAAAUUCCUAUUUAAAAGUAAUAGACAAGAAAGAUGAGUACAACACGAUGGCGUUGCUAUAUUUCCUGCCUAAAUGGAAAGGCUUUCUCGUGAACGAUACAGCUGAAUUGAUGAAUGCCACAGAAGCGUUGACGAGACAAGAUCAUGUUGUGGAGUGUGUAUCAAAUGUUUGGCUACAGGAAUAUCCUCAGCCACCCAGAAGGAAGCCCACCAAUUUGAAAGUCCAAAAGGUAUUUGUUGACCGUUUGAGACCAAAAUUGGCAGCCAACAUCGCCAUCUUGACCGAAUGUGAAUUUGGGUCAAAGGAUUACGUGCCUGCAUUGGUUUCAUCAUUGGCUAUCAUUGUUGUGUUCAAAAAGUACUACAUAUUCCUGAAGAGAGAGGAAGGGGCAUCACUUUUGCGUUGCCUAUCCUUUAAAGCAAAUAUACAAAAAGAACUGCGUUCCGUUGGUGAAGUAGUGUUGGCCGAAUUUAGCCCUGAACUCAGGAAAGUUGCUGCGAAAGCUAUUGAAAGCCUUUGUGAGCAGUUCACGAAAUCUACCACUGCGAAGAAUGACUUGAAGUGGCUUUUGGCUCUUCUUAUGUCAACGCCUGAGCAGAAAAGCAGUACUUUUACAAAGAACGAGGAUCCUAGCUCACGCAAAAGAGAAAUUCAAGGUGAUGGUCAAAAUCAGCAGCGCCUGCCUUUGUACAGAGAUGAGCAAGGGAACCUGUUAAGUAAACAAACACAGCGCUCGAUUCAACCGGGUCAGUCGUACAGCGUCAUCGUGAGAGGCCCAGCAGAACUUGAUGUUGAUGCUGAUCAGAGAGGAAGUUACGGUGGAGUUAAUGAUACAGAGAAAAAUGUCAUGCAGUCAAAGAAAUCCCUAGAUCAGGAUCAGGUGACCCCAGCCAACCAGAAACAAAAGGGUAGCGAAAAGGAAGCAAAUAAGAAAGCUGAUGGAGCGUGGACCGGAAACAACCAUCCUUUUACACCAUCUGGGCAAUCCACUUCUAGCGAGAACGUAACUGCUGGAGGCACAAGGAACACACAGACACAAGGGAAAAAAUACUUAAAGACUAUGGCGAAGAGUGGUGCUGAGGGAAAAGAACUUGUUGUGAGAGAUCCUCCUAAAGAUUCAGGAAACACACGUGAUGGCAAGGAAGGUGCUAAGGGCGCCGCCAAUACCUUGAAACAGGUUGAACCAGAGGAUGGAGUCACUGUAAUCUUCCAUGUCGUACUCGCGUCUAACUUAAAUAUGGAAGAAGGGCAUCUGCAUAUUCAAGCAGAAGGAGAAGACUUGGGAAACUUCAAGAUAAACUGUGUUGACAUGAAAGUAGUAAGGGGUGACAAAGGCAAAGACAAAAAGAAGCCCACGCGCUUCCAAGGACAGUUCACCCUCACCAUCGAUCGAGCCCGGAAAGGAACCAAGUACAAGUAUGUGAUAAUCAAGAAAAAGGAUGUCCUAUGGGAAGAGCUGAUAGAGUUUCAGCCAAGCAAUGGUGGAGUUAUAGUCGAUCGAUUUCUCUAUGUACCAGACAAAUACCUGAAACGUGGCGCAACAUGGCACCAGUUCGACGGAGUAAGUUAUAUUUACACCGAGAAAGGCUGGUGGGACACGUUUAAAGGAUGGUUUCGGUCUGAACAAACAGCACAAAAUCGCACAACUGCACUGCUUGCCUACUUACCAAAGUGGAGAGGCUUUGUUGUUAGUGGGUGUGAGAAAGAGAUGAAGGCAACAGAAGCGAUUGUGGAGUUAGACAAAGUGGUAAACUGUCUAACCAACGUCUGGAUUCAGUUUUCACGCUGUAAACCUGAGAGUAGGAAACCGCCAGACUUUAACAUUGAUAAGGUUUUGAUGGACCACUUGGAGCCAAAAAUGAAGGAAAAUGCUGCUAUAUCAGCCCAAAGUGACGUACAACUGGAAGUUCGAGCUUCAGCAUUGGUUUCGUCCGUAGCAAUCGUUCUGAUUUGCCAACAGUACAAAAUAGCGCUUCGGAGGGAACUUGAGUUGUCACUUUUGAGAUGUUUGUCGCUUGCAGCAGAUCCAGCAAGGCAAAUAUGCACGGUUUACGAAGCAGUUCUGGAGAAUUUUAGUGAAGGACUGAGAGAACGUGCUGCUAAGGGGAUUGAGGAACUGUGUAACCGAAUCAUGGCGGAAAAAAGAUCAGAAGCCGACGUAUGGCUAUUGGCUCUACCACUGUUACAUUUCUUAAGAGGAGAUUCAAAGCCAUUUGAAAAACUUGGUAUUGAAGGAUCGCACAAGAAACUUGACUGGUUUGGAGGUCAGGGACUGAAAAUAAAAGAAUUUCGAAGAUCAGCUGAAAAUCUAAAUUUGCCAGCAUUAUUGAGCAGACUUGGUUCAGCCUUUAAGAUCGAUCUUCUGUUAAAAAGGACCUUCCUCUUCGCCAUUCCUGUUUGGGACUUAAACAAGAUUGUUGCUUCAAAACUGUUCCAAAUUUCCGAUAUUUUGGUGGCUUUAGUAACACACUGUUCCCGUGAACGUGUGCCAUCAGACAAGUGGGAAGGUGUUUUUCAGUGUAUCAGACUGAUGACUAUUCAGUUUAACUCGGAAAUAGAAUGCACUGAACUUAAAGAGGUCGAAUUUUCAGUUUCAUUGUGUCUACAACUGGUUGAAGUCUUCCUCAAAGAGUUGAACAUUUGUGAUCACGUGGAUAUGAUCUGCCAUACGAUCAAGCUGCUUUUUCAAUGUAUUCGUAAGCAGCGACGGUUAUUCGAAGAAAAGCUUGACCAAGAAAAGGGCCAGUUAGACGAGAGAAAAACUAUUGACAGGCUGCUAAGUAGCCUGAGAGACAGGUUGUCCCGCGAUCUCUAUCAUACCAUGUCAUCUAGUCCCAAGAGCGAACAUCUAGCCAGAGAACUUUCGUUAUGGAGCGAGUUGCUUUGGGUUACGGAUGAAAAUCAAGGAUUUCCUGCUUACAGGCAGUUUUUGAUAGAUAGUCUGCUGCGUCGAGCAAGAAGGUUGGAGGGAACGUACUUGGUUGAAAUCUUUUGUGAAGUAGAUAUGGAUGCAUAUGAAAGAGCUGUUGGAGAAUCAUUUUCUAAUCUUGCCUGUGAAGCAGUGGAAAAGAUUACUAGCUCAGCAAGAAGAGGAGACGACAUACGCAUAUUUAACCAUCUAUCCAAUUCAAAAGCAGGAAAAUCCGGCCAGCUUUUGUCUAUGUUUUUGACAAACUCGUGGCCAAAAGAUGGAGAACGAUCAGACACGUGUGGCUUAGACCCUCUAAGGGUGGAAUUUCUUCUCACCUGGAAGCCAAUGAUUGGAUACCUCAAGUUCACUAAUAAUCCUAAAAUUUUAGGAGAUGAGUCUGGAAGGGGUGGUAUACUUUCGGAUGAAUGCAAGGAGACCUUAUUUUUGGCCAAAUCGUUGCUGGACGCUCUUGUGAGAAUCAUAUCAGAUGGCUCAGUUACGUUUGAAGUGUUGCUCCUUCUGCAAAGGCACAAGGAAACGUUUUUGGAACUUGUAAAGACAAGUGUAGCAGAAAUCAAAGAUGCUAAGCUUAGUUUGGCUCACCGAUUAGAAGAAAUCCAUAAGUUUUUUGAAGUGAAAGAAAAUUUAGGCACAUUCAUUGGAAUGUGUGAUGUGAUCCAGCCAGUUGAUUCAACCAACCUCAAAGACAAAGUGCCUCAGGAUGUUUCAUCUUUCCAGAUUCGAGAUUUGUGCAAACGGAAAGACGACAACCAAAUAGAAGUUACCUUUUUUAAAAUUCCUCCGGCCCUAAAGGAGGUCCUUUCCGCACUGGUAAGAGUUCAAGAAAGCUUAACUUUCCAGGCUCUUUGGAAAAAAUAUGGGAAUAAAGCACAAACAGCCAGGAAAAAUGACGAUACACGAAAACGACAGCUCAGUAUUUCUGAUGUUGUUGUAAACGUAUGGAAACCAGCAAUUACAAGUUGGACCCAAAAUGUUGCUAGUGUCAAGGAUGGCACAAUAUCCCUCGGAGAUGUUGAGAAGCUCUUUGACGACUACAGAAACCGUAGAAAGGAACUUGAGCGAGAGUUAUCCUGCAUGCUUAAUGUGAACACCGACCAGGCUAUCAGCAACGCCAGAGAAUUAAAGAAAACUGUCGGAGAGCGACUUGCUCAAAUUCAACGUUACCAACAGCUUCAUCAGUACGCCAGUGCAGCUGACACUAUUUGGGAGUUUAAGGAGGCAAUGGGUUUUACCGGGGACUUCAAAGUUGUCGAAGAUCUGCGUAAUCAGCUAUCAGUUGAGUUCAAGCAGAAGCCAUUAAAUAGUGUGGGGGAAAGCUUUUCAAAGGCCGGUCAAGCUCUUCAGGAUUUGGAUGUCGAUAAAGCUCAAUGCUUCAAAGCAGUGGUAGACAGUAAACGGCUGGUGGAGUGGCUCCGUUCUACUAUCAAAUCCACCCAGGAGCUAAAGGUUCUCGUUGACUUGGCCUUGAUCUCUGCUGGUGAAAGCGACAUGGAAACUGACCGCAUAUCCAGUCUGCAUACCAGCUGUUUAGGUUUUGCUCCUCUGAUAUUCGACCUUAAAGAGAGCGAGGAACAAGGAGUGAGCUUUGAUCAAUUGAUGAAAGCUUGUGAUCCUGUAUGGAAAGCAGUCGAGACGGAUCAGAUGUUACCCAAAAAACUGUACGACACCAGCAGACAUUUGGAAUGGCUGAAAACUGUCAAAGAGUCUCAUGGCUCGGUUGCUAUGACGUCACUAGCGCAGGCCAAGAUCAUCAACUCCAGUGGUGUAUAUGUUGUGGGUCACUUGGAUAACGAAAAUUGUCCGUUACCAGAACAAGGAAAACGAUUGUCAAUCAAAGAUGUGAUCCAACUUACGGUUCCCCUAAAGGAUGGAAGUGAAAAGGAACAGCGGAAAACGUACUCUAUUGACGAACUAAAGGAUUUGCAGAGUAAAUUGAUGUUGAUUGCAGGAAAAGCUGAAAAGGGGAAGGAUGACGUGGAACAGUUUGUGAGGAAUCUUGAAGGUGUCAUGCGUUUAGCGAAUGCAUACAUCGAUCUGUUUGAAGCUGGUUACAUUCAUCGCAUGGAUUGGAACCAAGAAUUUCACUGUAGCAAAGACCAAGUCGCGGGCGAAUCUAUUGCAGAGGAACUGGAAGAGGAAAGCUCCUUUAUGGAAACGUGUUAUAUGAACUGGAAGAAUAAAGUCAGCGAUGCAAGGAAGGAGUAUAGAGAAUUGAACUACUUUACAACACAGCAGUUGAUGAUACUAAGGAAGGAAAUUGCAAAAGUUUGCCACAGCAAUGACCUUGCCAUGAGCGACAUUCAAGUACUCACUUUACUAGAAAGUGUUCGUCCCAAUUUGACCAGUGAACAGUUAAAAUCAGCAAUAGAGCGUGCUUUUAAGGACACAGAUAUGCUAGAGAACGCUAGAGGCACAGCGCCGUUACCUUCGUUCACUCACGCUCUAUCACGGUGCGAAAUGGUAACUCGCAAGUCAGUAUUCGACAAUAACAGCGAUACAAGCACGAGUUCCUCGACAGCAUUCAGUGUGUGUCAAGUACAAACUGUAUCCUUAAAAAAACCAAAGCCAAGGGAGACAUCAAAGAUUCAAAAAUUCUUGAACGCAGCCGCGGAUGAUGGUUAUUCGGAGCAGAUUGCUGUGGCUGCUUUAGCAAGUUUGGGUGAUGAUGCAGAAGAAGACGACCUACUGCUGUGGUGUCUAGAGGAAGCCGACGAGGCUGACAUUGAGGCUCUUUACGAAGAAGCAAAGCAAAAUCCUGUGAUUGCCCGAGAAAUCUUCGCAAAUGAGCUCGAGUCUGUUGAGCAGGAAAUGUUGGCCGAAGAUCAAGGUGAAAACGAGUCGGAGCCAGACAUGGUACCGAUUUCGUCCUUUCUCGCUGAGACCAAUAUUGAUGAGCAGGAGGUUAGCGGAGACGAAGACAAUGAGGCAGAAAUCAGUCAGUAUCUUACACUCACUCAGCUUGGGAACAUCCUUAGGGAACUUUCAGUUCUAGGAAGUGAAGCAGUAGCCCGCAAUUUUCCAGCAUUCUUGAAAAGAGGACGACCCAACCUCAUGCUUGUUCCGAAAGAUGACAUCCUUGCUACAGUCCUUGCCUUGUAUAUGCACGACAAGAAGCAGCCAUUGCCAAGCCAUGAAGAGGUGCUGCUGUGCACUCCUAAUACUACAACAGAAGAGAUCGAACUGUUAUGGAGACGUGCAACAGGGGAUGUAGAGGGUCGCUUUUAUUGCCUCGUACAUGCAGAUGUGUUGGACUUCUCUGUCAGUAAACAAGCAGUAGAGAUGCUUAGCGUAGUGACACAGGGACUUGCUGGCAAGGAUGGAGAACAUUAUGGCCUGGUGGUAAUCUGCAGUAGUGAAUAUGAAGAUCGUGCCCACGUAGUCGCAGCUCUUGAUCAGUAUCGUGUUGCUGCUCCACCUUGUCCUUCGCCAGAAGAUUUAAAGAGUUACCUCAAGCAUCAAUUUCAAGCAACCCCUUCUCAGUACGGAUACAUCGGUAGUAGUAGGAUAAAUUGGACAACAGCUGGAUCCUUAGACCCAGAAAGACUCUGUGUCCGAGUUGUGUCAUCACACCGAGGAGGCUUGGGAAAGACUCUGUUUGUUCGUCGCUUAACAGAACAGUUGCCUAACCUCGUAAACAACGACAUGGUUAUGACAAAUUUGCGAAGGCAAGACUCUAAAACAUUCUUGCAUGUGACCGUACCACUUCAUGGGAAUUCCACUGACUCAUCAAUGCUUGUUGAUGCGCUUCUUCCUCAUGCAGUGAAGGCUAAUGUACCGCUGUCCCGUAUUUUUCAUCUGGACGUGUCACCUUCGAUGAGACGUGGUCUGGACACCCUUAUAUUUAACCUCCUCGUUCUUGGCUACCUUUGUGAUAAGAUGGGUAGAGUAUGGAGGAGACGAAGCACAGACAUGUACGUUAUUGAGAUUACGACAGUUGCUCCCCUGCCCAUGGGUUUCACUAGGGAGGAAGAAGCUCAAAGUCAAGGGAGACAAGCUGGAAAAUCUACAAUGUCUAAGCGGCCUUUUUAUGACCUGCUACCAAACAUCGAGUGCCAAACUCCAAGAACUGUUCUCUGCCGUUUAGCAGAUACUCAAGAUAAAAAAGACUGCAAUCCUUUGUUUGAUGUCAAAGAGUUUCGAAACGCACCGUUCCAGAGAGUGUAUCAAUAUCUGAAACUGUCAAGUGAGGGCAAGGGUCUGGACAAGUUUACGUUCUCACCAGCAGAUGUUGAUGAAGAUCAAAGGACGUGCCUCGUGCUCCUUCUCAGAAAUUGCGGUAUUCCUGAUCCGUCGUGGUCAGAGAUUCGUCAUUUUGUGAGUUUCCUGAACUCGCAGCUCCGAGAUUGUGAACAGAGUUUUUACUGCGACAUGCAGCUGAUGAGGGCUAUUUUAGCAGGACCCAAUGUGCUGAAUCUCGAAGGGUUCCGCUCUUUUGUUGUGCGCUUUAUGAUACAAAUGUCAAGGGAUUUUGCUACUCCAUCUCUGACAGAAGAGAACACUGUAUUCUAUACAGAGGACAACGCAGAGCUUGAACGGAAAGAGAUCGAACAGUUUCAACUGAGAAGACGCUGGGAAAGCAGUCCUCAUCCAUACUUGUUCUUCAAUCAAGACCACAUAACUAUGACGUUUCUUGGUUUCUUCAUCAAUUCCGCUGGUGAUCUUGUUGACCCACAAACAAGUAAAACUUUGGAAAAAGGGUUAAUGUCGAAACCAUUGCGAAAUGGACUGCAGGCCCAAGGUGUCGAUUUUGCAACAAACAUGGAGACUUCCAGGAAAGAGGACAAGAUAAAUCAGUUAUGCUCUGUGAUGGGUGUAAACUGGUUGUACGAUCCAGACAGAGCCUAUGAACUAACUACAGACAAUGUCAAGAAGAUUCUAGCAAUUCAUAUGAGGUUCAGAUGCAACAUCCCUGUGAUCGUGAUGGGAGAGACUGGUUGUGGAAAGACCCGUCUCAUUCGAUACAUGUGCGGCUUACAAGCAGGUCCUGAAGGACCCCGAAACAUGCUUCUUGUUAAGGUUCAUGGGGGUACAACAUACGAAGAUAUCAAGCACAAAGUUAACCAAGCAGAAGACAUGGCUCGAGCAAAUCAAGAUAAGAAUAUUGACACGGUUUUGUUCUUUGAUGAAGCCAACACUACUGAAGCACUUACCAUGAUUAAGGAAGUUAUGGUGGACCGAAGAAUCAAUGGUCGGCCUAUUGGACAAGGACUGGAAAGACUACAGUUCAUCGCUGCCUGUAAUCCUUAUAGAAGGCACACAGAUGAGAUGAUCCACAAGCUGGAGUCAGCUGGUCUUGGAUAUCAUGUGAAAGCGGAUGAAUCAGAAGAUCGGCUGGGUCAUAUCCCAUUGCGUCAUCUCGUGUACCGUGUACACGCCCUCCCAGGGAGCAUGCGCCCGUUGAUAUGGGAUUUUGGUCAACUGAAACCAGAUGUAGAGAUACUGUAUACUAACCAAAUUGUCAGUCGCUACAUUCUUCACGAAAGCCAACUAGCAGGAGACUCUUCGACAGUAAAAGCAGUCGCUGAGGUACUGGCAGCAUCGCAAAAAUAUAUGAGAGAUCAAUCGGAUGAGUGCAGCUUUGUUAGUCUCCGUGAUGUCGAGAGAGCCAUGCAAGUGAUGGUCUGGUUUUAUAAGCACGUGGACGCACUCGCAAGACUUAUGAGAAAGGUGACCGCUGAGCAACGAACGGAGGAAGAUUUCGACGUCGAUGAAGAUUAUGAGGAGGAAGAGGAUAAAAUAACUCCUCUUACCCGUGCCCUGGUACUCGCCAUUGGUGUCUGCUAUCAUGCCAAGCUUCAGGAGCGGCGUGAACAAUAUCGUAUUGUCGUGGCACGCAGCUUUAAGGCGCCAUGUUUGCUUCCAGGUGGUCACAAGCAGAUCCUCCGCGAGAUUUCGAGUUGUCAAAAAGCUGUGCUAAACGAGUUGGAACUGGGCCCCAACAUAGCACGCAACACAGCUUUGAGUGAAAAUGUUUUUAUGAUGGUGGUAUGCAUUGAGCUCAGGAUCCCAUUAUUUGUGGUUGGAAAACCAGGCAGCUCAAAAUCUUUGGCCAAGACAGUUGUUGCUGAUAAUAUGCAAGGCGAUGCUGCAAGAUCUCCAUUAUUCAAGACCUUCAAGCAGGUCCACAUGGCAUCGUAUCAGUGCAGUCCUCUUUCAACCCCUGAGGGUAUCGUGGCGACUUUCAAGCAGUGUAGCAAGUUACAAGAGGGAAAAAAUCCAGACAAGUUUGUUUCAGUUGUAGUCCUUGAUGAGGUUGGUCUGGCUGAAGACUCUCCUCUUAUGCCUCUUAAAACUUUACAUCCUUUGCUCGAGGAUGGUGUAACAUCUGCUGAUGACGUCAUCGAGACUGACGAGAAACCGCAGCGCGUAGCUUUCAUUGGAAUCUCAAAUUGGGCCCUGGAUCCCGCCAAAAUGAACCGUGGGAUCAUGCUGUCACGUGGGGUUCCAAGCAAGGGAGAACUUAUAGACAGUGCUAUGGGAAUUUGCUCCACGGAUGAAGUGGUGAAAGCUCUCAUAUCUUCUCUUAUAUCUCCACUGGCCGCUGGAUAUGCACAACUUUACAAGGAACAGAAAAAUUUUACAACGUUAAAGAACUGUGGCAAAGAAGAAUUUUUCGGUCUUCGUGACUUUUACAGUCUCAUUAAGAUGGUGUACGCGAUCGCUGCAAAAUCUCAACAGAGACCUCGGUGGCAUGAACUAGAACACGCCAUUAAGAGGAACUUUGGUGGUCUGAUUGAAGGAGACCCUGUGGAGAUAUUUAAACGCUUUUAUACCGAAAAGGAUGAUGAAUACGUGGUGGAAACCUCCACGACAAUAAGGUUGAUCGAGGCGAGUCUUGGAAGGGAAGACGUUGCAGAUAGAGCCAAUUUCAGUGAAAACCGUUACCUUCUGAUUCUGACUGAAAAUUACGCCGCCCUACCCAUCAUGCAGCAGCAUCUUUUGAGGGCAGCGGAUGAUGCAGUGGUCAUCUUUGGGAGCAGUUUUCCAAAUGACCAGGAAUACACUCAGAUUUGUCGCAACAUCAAUCGCAUCAAGGUUUGUAUGGAGACAGGAAGAACAGUGAUCUUAUUGAACCUUGAAAGUCUCUACGAGAGUCUGUACGACGCCCUAAAUCAGUAUUAUGUGUACUUUGGAGGACAGAAGUAUGUGGAUCUUGGGCUUGGUACUCACCGCGUCAAAUGUCGUGUUGAUGAUGGCUUCAAAUUGAUAGUGAUUGCUGAAAAGGACGUGGUCUAUAACAACUUUCCCAUUCCGUUGAUCAACCGCCUGGAGAAACACUUUCUUGUCACCUUAACAAGUUUGACUUCUGACCAGAAGGACUUGGUGCAGAAAAUGAGGACCUGGGUCGCUGAAUUUGCUGAGGUUUCUGGUGAAGGUAGAUGUGGCAGGGACUUCUCCAUCGGAGACGCUUUUGUUGGAUUUCACGAGGAUACAAUUCCCUCCAUUGUCAUGCAAGUCUGUAAUGAUAUCGAAGGAGAAGAUCACUCAGCGGCAAGUGAUGACACAGAGGAUACGUGGGAAAUGAACGUACUUCGAAGAUCUCAGGUGAUGCUUUUGGAGAUGGCUACUCCUGAUGCAAUUGCUCGCCUUCCUCACACUGCUUUAGAAAGACGAGCCCCUCAUAUCUGGAAUGCCUACUUUAAAGAACAACAACACUCAAGUUUGGCGGCGUUCAUGUCGCAUGUGCUCAAUUUGGAGGAUGGUCGUCUUGAUGAAAAGCGUAAGGAGGGGCUCUUGAUUCAGAUUACUACUCAUUCACGACUGCUCUCUAACAACGAUUUGGGAGACGUAUGCAUUCAAACUGGCUUUGAACGGUCAACUCUCGAUUUCAUGACACUCCAACAGUUCCAAACAGAACAACAGUUUAGGGAUUCAGUCAGAACUUUUUUUGAACACCUUGGAGGAGAAUGUCCUGGUAUUCUUCUGGUUCAGUGUGACUCAGGAGAUGAAAACUUCAACCUGAUUGCAGGUGCAAGGCACAUUCUGCUGGAAGAGCGAACCAACGCCGCUGAAAUGCUUAAUUUGUCUUCGCUUGAAGCUGUACACAUUGUGCUGAUCAUACAACUGCCAAGAAUUGCUGGUGGAUGUCGUAACUUUGUAGGUUUCCAGGGUGGAAAAUGGAUGUCCGCUCACAUUGAUGAACUUCGUCCACCUGGUAAAUACACUCCUUCCAUCGAGCAACUCAUCGAUCGUCCCAUCAGUGAGCUUUUCAGUGAAGGCCUCAAUAAGGAAGAUGACGUCGUGCAAGCGGCGACGGUGGCGGUGAAGCUCCUUCGCAGCUGUGUACAGGCAGCAGCUUGUAGGGUUGAUAGCGAAACAGAAUCAGCUGAACGGUCAACUCAUAGGAUUGAGCUGCUUUUGGAUUUACUACCUGAUGACUAUCAAAGUCAGGAGGAUGAAGAGUCGUUUGCAACUGUAGUAGUACAAAGAACACACCACCUCUUAAAGGAAAGAGAGCUAACAGCGGCAAAUCCACAAGGAUGGCUCCAAUCAGAAGCCCUGUCGGGAACAGGGGUGCAAGAGUGGGGCACCUUCAGGAAGGCUCUUUUGCAACGAGUGUUUUCAGUUGUGGUUCCUAUUUUGGCGGAGAUCAUUGCAUUGGCAGACAGAGAUUGCAAUUUGGACCUGGUGAAGAAUGACAACACUUGGGUUUCGAGGCUGUGGCUGAAGAUCCUAGCCGACCGUAGCAUCUCAGAGCUGAGUUAUAACGACAUGAUAUCACCCGGUACUAAUUCUGUUCGAGAGCGUGUCCAAGUUAUUGGCUCUGGAGCCGGAGGUCAUCGUUUUUCUAGCCGAUUUCCAUUUUCGUUUAUUAUCAAGCAACGUGUAGAAAAACUUUUGAAAGACGCAUCAAGCGUCACAGCUCAUUCUGGCGCCACUCUGAUGGACUCUCUUCGUGAAUUGAUUGGUAACUCGCAGUUGGGACCUCCACUCGACGAAUUGCGCGGUGUAAAUUCCGCGGGACAUCAAUAUCUGAUGGAUUUCGUUCAUAUGAUUUACAAGCCGUCUAACGAUGUAGAACACAAGCUUGUUUACGAAGCCAUUCUUUCGUCGGCAAGGGAGCUUGGUGCCCUGGAAGAUGAGGAUGGUAACGAGUCGAUUGAUAUAGCUCUUGUUCAUGUGGCACACAGUAGAAUUCAACACCGGUUGAAAUGUUUUGAGGCACUUGUUAAAGCGUAUCCAGAUCUGGUACAAAGAUUACGAGAAACUCUCGAGGGAAAUGAGGCAGAAGUGCUUUUGGAUGUUGUAGCAUUGAACAUUUGUCUUGAGGCACUCGAGCCAUCACGAGAGAUGUUGCUUUCUCCGGACACCCGACGAACUUGGUGUGACAGAGUUUUGUGUAUAAGACCAGCGGUGGAAGACAUGCUAAGGAAAGAGAGGUUCGGACGGGUCACGGAGAAUUGUUCAAACUAUGGAGAGAGAUCAACAGUAAUGCUUGGUUACUGCAGGUCCAUGUGGCAGCGAACAGGAGCUGUUCGACUCUUUGUGGAACACGUGACUUUGUUCGCCGAGAAAGAUGAAGAUGUCAAUUCCGCCAACGUGCUCAGGUUGUGGAAGGUUUUGGGAGAUGAAACUGACUUUUCAUCGCUAAGGUCGCUGCAAGCUAUUGAAAAAUUCUUGAUUGACUACAGUGAAGACGUCAAGCGGAGGACGAAUGAAGAGACUGCUUCUGAGUUACGCCGCCGAUGUAAUGCUUUUUUCAUGGAGCUGGUGUCAAUAUUCUGUUUUGGUGACUCAGUGUCAAAGGACCUUGAGCAGGAAGCUAUCACUCUUCUUAUGCGCUAUGUUAUCGGUCAUCAGUCAACUCAGACAAAGGAUUUCUCUCCAUUCCCUGAUUAUGCUAUUGACCCCACCCCUGUGGUGCGCUCAUUUCUUCUACAGCAGCUGUUGCGCACAAGUGCAAAGUUGACAAAGUUGGUGAAAGAGCAUCUGGGAGUUUUCUUACAGGGGGCUCGGAACUUAAAACCAGAACCUUCGCACGUCAAAGAAGUCUGCUUCUUAUGCGUCCAGUGCAUGGAGGACCUCCUUAUCAGCCGUUAUCAAGCCAAAGUGGCCGAUUCGAAGUUGACAGUAAAACUCAAACAUGCUAAAAAGACUUGCGAAGAGUCAUUUACAGCUCUUAGCGCCAGGGACGAGGAUUCUGCUGAAAUGAGCGCGCUUUCUCUGGAUGGGGUUGCCAAAGGACGUUACGUCUUAUCAUUGGUGGUAGAGUUCCUUUACAAAUUGUUCAUUGAGGGAGAUAGCAGCUACAAAGACCUGGACGCUAAGAGAGAAGUGCUGUCAUUAUUAGAGUGUGCAAGGAAGCUUUGUAUGGGAAUGUCGAGCUCCACACCGCAGCUUUAUCUGCUUAAACAGCUUGUCAGGCGGUAUGGCCUGGACUGUGUUCGGACUCUGGGUGAAUAUGAGGAACUGGCGUGGAUUCUACCAGCAGAAGCUAGACACCAGGAAGAGGAUGUGAUCCAAGACAGGUUUCUUGUUCAUGGAGACCAUUAUCGUGCUGUUCGUGAGGGACUGACCAAAACUGUCAUCAGUGGGAAGAUCCAAGACACUGUCUCUGCCAUUACGGAAACUGGAUUACAAGGCGUCAACAAAAAUGUACUCCUCCUCCUUGUGAUGUACCGUGAAAUAACAAUGGCAAACGUUUCACCGGUUCAGACACAGACUUUGACCCAGGAGGUGAGGGUUAAGCUUGAUGAUUUCGUAAGAAAUGGAGGACACUUAUCUGAAUCGGCCCAACCUUUCGCGAGAGAACUUCUAGGGAACAGCCAAGGUGGACAAUUCCAGAAACUUCAAGUCUACAAUGGUAAAACCCCACAGGAGCACACCUUGGCGGAAAUUGUGAUUCACACAGCAGUAGCCUUACAGUGCGUUGGUACGGGAUCCCUGGCUGAACCUCUUUUUGUUCUCAUGACAGAUCCAUCGACCAUGAAUAAUUCAUUCCUACCAACAAUGCCCGAGGAUAACUUCCACGAAUGCAUUAAAGCCAUUGCUGAAACUAUGAAGGGGUAUUAUAAGGGAGAGUGGUAUGAGUGUGGCAAUCGUGACUGCAGAUAUCUGUAUUUUAUUGGGGAGUGCUCGAAACCAAUGGAGAAGAGCACCUGUCCAGACUGUGGAAGGGUAAUAGGAGGAGAGAACCACAACUUUUCUGGAGAACAUCAAAUUUCUGGCAGGGAAGACAGGACGAAGACUGGUCACGCGCUCGGCGAGCCUAGUUCGAGACCUACUCACGCUGAACCACAGAGAGAUAUGCCACCGAUAGUGUGCAGUCUGCUGAGGAUUAUCAUGCACUCGGCUAUGAUCAUGGGAGCAUCCAAAAACUCCCAGGCAAUUGCACCGCUGAUCACACCUCCAUGCCCUCCACAGUCUGAGGGUAAUUUCUUAUGGCAGCACUUGCAAAGAGAUCUUGAUGUUCUCGGUAGAGCACUGGGGCGCAGUGUUGAUGACGCGGCGCUUACAGUUCAUCUGGUACUGGCACGAAUGAUCUCGCGGAAUGGAGGACAAACUGCAAACGCUCAUGACAUGCGACUUCGAACGCGGGAAAGUCGUCGCAGCUGGGAGAAGGAUUUCUGCUCUGAGAUUCUUGUUCCUGUCAUCACUAAUCUUGACGAGAAACUACAGAGUGCCUCAAAACUUUUGAUGGGAGACGAGAGAUUUGGGAAGGAUCCGUUGGUACGUCAACUUUACGAGUUCGAUGAACACGUGGAAGACCUGUCUCAGGGCGUCAGGCCUAUGUCUCGCUCGCUUUGGAAGUACAGACAGCAUAUUACUGUUGAGGACCUUAGUAGUUCUUUUCAAAGAGAAGUCUUUUAUGGUGGCAAAGACGAAUUCAAGGUGCUAAACGCUUUCCUUAAGCAGGAACACAAGUUGCGUUUCGUCCAGUUUCUACCCGAAGUUGUUCGCCUCCAACGUCUUCUGAUGGACAGAUUCCACCGACGAAUUGACAGAAUAGAUGCAGAGAGAUAUACAAUCCGUGAAUUUCUUAAGGACCUUCCCAAAGGAUCUGUGAAAGAGGAGUAUACCAAUCUGUUCCAGAGUUUCAAGACUGCAUGGAAUUCUUGCAAGUUAUUUCUCGGUGAUCAAGGUCGCCUACGCGUUCCGCAAGACCUUUGUAAUACCACAAUGGAUAACGACUGUCCAAUCGCGAUGGUUCUCCCUAGUACCACUGGUAUGGGAGUUUGUUCGACCUCGCUUACCUUCUUCCUGGUUAAUGCAAAUAACGAGUCUCUGGGAGCCUACCGUGGUGCAACUAAUCAAGAUGGCCCCUUGGAGCGUGUUUCCGUAUCAGAGGUGACCUUGUCGCACUUGAUAGCCUACGAUCCUGAGAGGGACCUGCUGCCCCUCAUCCUGGCUCACUGUAACUACUCUCUGGAGGUGGGACAGGAGACCUUAGUUCACUAUGAUUGGGCGGCUUUGGAGAGACAGCUGAUUGACAGGUUGUUACGGGGAAGGCCUUUUGUCGAGUUUAAGGAGGAACGUUUCGCGUUUAGCCGAGACACCCGGGAUGAUGCUGUGUUCACUUCCCUCACUAGAAAAAUUCCUCAGGAAUCCAUUUCCCGCGUCAUCGAAAGCCAGAUUAUUGUAGAACUGCGGUCUUCCUUGUCUGAUGUCUGUGAUGUUAUGUCGUCACUGGAUAUUGCCAUUGGUUUCCUUGCUUCAUCGGGUGGGCAGCCGGAGAGGCCUUUAAAAUCGUACUUGCAUGAUGUACUUAAGUUACCCAAAGAUCGAGGUCUCAAGAGUCCAACAGCAGAGCAGCACUGCAGCUUGUCCCAUACCUUGGCACUGUGGCGGCUUAUGGCUCUCGAAAGAGCAAAAAUCAAAUCAAGGAACAAACAGGAGCCUUUUGAGCAAAUGCCUGAAGUUUUCAAGGAAAAACUUAGCUCAAGCGAACAGGCCAGCCUAAAUCGCGUGUUGCGAAAAAUCGACAUGGACAUAUUUCUGCCGCAGCUCCUGCAAAUUAUUCUUCUGGAUGUCAAAAAAUAUGGCGAAACGAUUUCGACGAUGAGCUUUGAAGAUUGCUUGGGUUUGUGUUUGGCCAACAAAGACUUGGAUCAAAUCCCAGGAACAGAGAACAUUCCGUACAGCAUUAAAAUGGCGCACCUAAAGGCAGUUUGGAACUCCGCUGUCCAGUUAAGUGACGACUUUCACAAAGAUCGUCAAGCAGUUUGAUCCUUUGUUUGGGGAGCAAUCAGUUCAAAACUCAAGACAUCAAGACAGUGGCGCAGUCAGUUAGGUGUUAAAAUUAAAGAAAUGAAUGGGAAAUAUUAGGAUGCAAACUAGUAAUAACGCUAAUGGUAUUUCCAUAAUAGUUUGGCUUCUAGCUUCGGUUUUCUCUCUUAUAGUAAUGAGGUAUUAGAUACACUUAAUAACAAAUCAAUUUGAAAAUGUUGGCAUGUAAUGAAUACUGCCAUUUAUGUAGCGACUGGUACUUCGUUGUUAUAGUAAAUGUCUAGGACCAGUCAGUUGUUUUUGCUACUCAUAUUUACCUCUGUUUUAAUUAGAAUGUUAGAAAAAUUUUUUCUCAAUGCCCCCUCCCAAAAGUAAUAGAUAAAAGCGAGAGGUUUUAUGUAUCAGAAAUCUAAAGCAGGCUGGUAUUAUUAAUUAAUUUUUCAUAUUUUUUUCUUGUGCACUCGAAAGAUAGCUUAAAGUGCUACAGCUUAGAAUGAUACAAGCAUGACACGCAAGCAUGGAACGCAUCUUGAAUUGGUGUUAAGAUCAUAUUAAUAGAAAAUUUUUCAUUCCAUUAAACUUUUGCACAAAUUA